GUUGAAUUCCACAUUUGCUUCACAUUGGAACUACUUCGCUAAAAGUGAUUUAAGUUUAGAAUGCGCCUGCAACGCCUGCCCCUUGAGGUGAUUGGCCUUGCGGUGCUCUUGUUACCCGUGGGUCAAACAUGGGCUGCCAGAAUACUACUUGUAUUUCCCUACGAUAUGCAUUCGCAGUGCAGUCUUUUGACACCAUUUUUGCAAGCAUUGAGGGAUCGUGGUCAUGAAUUGACUUUAAUACACGCGUUUGCAAAUUGUCCAAUCGCAAGAGAAAUACACUCUAUUUUCGUAAAUGAUGAGUAUCAAACAGGAUUAAAUUACGAUGAUUUUUGGAGCCUUUCCAAAUGGAAUGAACUACAGUCUAUACGAAACUUUAUGGUAAAAAUCAACCUGAAUGUGUUAGUCAAUGCCGAAGUUCAGAUGUUGAUGCGUUCCAAUGUUAGCUACGAUUUAAUUGUAAUGGAACCAUCUCACACGGACGCACUCUUCGGCAUGGCAGCACAUUUCAAUGCCACCUUGAUGGGCCUUGCAACAUGUGGUGGUGAUUGGAACUUGGAUUCUUUGGUGGGACAUUCGGCUGCAUCGACAUUUGAACCUAUUAUGCCUAUAGGCUUCAAACGUAGCAUAACUUUGAUUGAUCGCUUCUACAAUUGGAUGCUUAUAUCUGAGGAAUGGAUGAUGCACAAACUCUUUUUUCUACCAGGUCUACGAGCUCUACAUGAUCAGUUUUUUGGUCAUCUAACACAGAGUUUUGAGGAUAUACGUCAGAACUUUUCGCUGAUAUUGUUGAACCAACACUUCAGCUUAUUCGAUGCCCGUCCAAAUGUGCCUAGCCUCAUUGAGGUUGGUGGCAUGCAUGUGCCCAAGAAACGGCCUGAGUUGCCUCCUGAUCUCGCUAAGUUUGUUGAAGACUCCCCGGAUGGUGUUAUCUUGAUGACCCUCGGCACGGAAUUACGCAGCAGCGAUUUAUCAACUGAAACCUUGUCUAUAAUAUUGAAAACUUUUGAGUCAUUGCCGCAACGGAUUAUUUGGAAAUUCGAGGGCAAUAAACGACCAAAUAUUAGUCGUAAUAUUUACAUGAACGAGUGGCUUCCAGUGCAAGCAUUAUUGGCGCAUCCAAAUGUACGAUUGUUCAUCAGCCACGGUGGAAUACUGGGUACCCUCGAGGCAGCUUAUUAUGCCAAGCCAGUCUUGGGCAUGCCUCUAUUUUUUGAUCAGAUCCGCAAUAUGGAACGAAUGAAUGAAGCCGGUGCAGCGAUUAUUGUGGACAUUCUUAAGUUGACAAGGAAUGAUUUCGAAUCAGCUAUUAAGCAAUUGCUUGACCAUCCUAAGUAUUGGCAUAGUGCUCAGACAUUAUCUCAAAGGAUUCGUGACCAGCCAAUGCAUCCACUGGACGCUGCAGUAUUUUGGACUGAAUAUAUCAUACGCCAUAGAGGUGCUCCUUAUAUGAGAGUGUCUCCCUCCAAUAUGAAGUUCAUAGAUUACUAUUGCGUGGACAAACUGUUAAUGAUCAUUGCACGUCUGAGUUUCAGUAUUGGCAUAGUUAUUUAUAUUGUUCGCAAAUUGCUGCAGUACCGUGAAAAAUUCUCUCGUCUCCUUAGGUUAAUUUGAACUCUAAAAAAUAAAAAGAGAGAAAAACAAAACUAAUGAAGUAACCGUUUAAGCUAUACUAAAAUUUUAUUAUCUAAUCUACACAUGUGUAUUACCUAUUAAAAAUCAGUACUAUAGUUCUUAUCUUAUCGCACUCUUUGCUUUCAAUUAUUUUCUCGAAGUCAACUAAAUUUAGAUUCGAAACAAAUACUUAUCGAAUGUUUUUGUCUGCGAGAUACUAUAUAGAAUUAACAUAAAAUAUAAUCCAAGGAAA